AAAUAGUACUCUUUAGUCGCCUUUCUGGCCAUCUGUAGUGCAUAAAGAGAGAAAGAAUUUCACACAAAGACUGUCGGAAGACGUUUAGUGUGAUAUAUCACAAUUCUUUCUCUCUCUUUCUCGUUAUAAGUUUGACACACAAAACAUUAUUUGCCAUAUAAGUUGUCUCGAAACAAGAAGCGAUUUGACGUACAAGACUUUUCUGGUGCGAUUUUUCCGUGAAUUUAUAGAGAAAUAGCUUAUUAGUUUCGUUGUGUCAUAAGGGUAGAUCGGCAAAAAUGGUGGUGAAGGUGUACAUAAGCGGCAUGUCCGGCAAUAAGGAGGUGAAGAAGCGACAGCAGCGCGUCCUCAUGAUUCUCGACAGUAAAAACAUCCCGUACGAAGUUGUGGACAUCGCGGAGCCUGGCAAGGAGGCGGAGAAGGAGUUCAUGCACACCAAUUCGACCAGCACUGGAGCCACUGGCAGCGAUCCAUCGCCACGGCAUCCGCUUCCGCCUCAGAUCUACAACGAUGCAGACUACUGUGGAGACUACGAUGGCUUCGACUUGGCCAACGAGGUGGACACACUGGAGCAGUUCCUGAAGGUUGAGCCGGCAGUCUCGACGGCGGAGAUCGAACUGUCCACGGCAAAGGACAAGAACGGACACGUGGAGGAAGAGAACAAGGAGAACAGCGAAGAGACCGAAAACAGAGAGAAUGUUGAGAAGGAAAGGCCAGCAGAGAAUGGCGAGGCAGAACCCAAAAAGGGAGCAGAAAAUGAGGCUAAGGAGAAUGGAGAAGUUGAAGAGGAGGAGAUCGAUGAUAUCUUUGGAGAUCAAGAAGAAACAAAGAAGGAAGUGAAGAAGGCCGAUGCCGAGAAGAAAGAAAAUGAUGAAAAUGAAGAGAACAACAAGGAAUCUGAAGCUGAAGAAGACGAUGCCAAGGAGGCAAAUGAAACCAAAGCAAGCGAAGAUGAGGAAGCAGAGACGAAAGAAGCUUUACCAAACAAUGACGAAAGUAUUGAGGACAAGCCAAAAGAUGAAGAAGCUAAAGAGACUGAAGAUUCCACGGCAGACGAGGAGGAAGAAGCCAGCGAAGAAGAGGAGGAAGUGGAAGAAGAAAUUGAGGAAGAAGAGGAGGAAGAGAAAGUCGAGGAGGUGGUCAAUGCGACAGAGGAGGAGCCCAAAAGCACACAAGAUGAUGCCGAAAAUCCGCCAGAUCCGAGUGAACAAGAGACGCAAUCUCAAGAAGAGACUCAGAGCUUAGAUAAGGAAAACACCGAGGCAAAUGAAAGCAUCCCAGUUGAAGAGAAUCCGAAGGAGAAUGGAAAUGCAAAAGAGGAUGGAGAGGAAAAUUGAUAUUCCUGCUUUGCUGAAAGGGGACUUCGGGGGAUCCUAUCUAUACUCUAUAAAACACUCCCACAUCAGACAUUUACUCUUCUUCUUGCUCACUCUCCACACAUUCUCUUCAGGCUGGAAUCUUUACUCUUACGGAGUAUCUAACGAGCAUAAGACACAACGAAACAAUGAAAUCACGUGAAAUUGAUAAUAAAAUACAAAAAAAAAUAAUUCAGAAGAA